AUGUCAUCCCCAGGUUCCACCGGUGAAUGGCAGUUUAUUGAUUGUAAAUCUGUUCAGAGCUUGCACGGCUUGUCAGAUCUUUUAACGGAGAAAUACGGAUCUGGGAAGUUCUCUGUGGAAACAAGGCAAAACGUGUACUGCAUCAGAGCAGAAACCUCAUCCGCCCCCUUGGAUCUGGUGAGUCAAGGCUGCAACCCAGUCUCUUAUUUCGCUUCAUGA